GCGCGGGCUCCGGGCGCCCACACCUGUGUGAGCCGGCGGCGGCCGCGGCCCGGGCGGGCUGCUCCACGCGGAGGUGCUCAGCAUGGCAGGGAUGCCAGGACUCCUCAUCUUCCUCCUCCUCCUGCUCUGCACUGUCGGGCAGGUGAGUCCCUACAGUGCCCCGCUGAAACCUACUUGGCCAGCUUACCGCCUCCCUGUUGUCUUGCCUCAGUCUACUCUCAACUUAGCCAAGCCAGAUUUUGGAGCCAAAGCCAAAUUGGAGGUAUCGUCCUCCUGUGGACCCCAGUGUCACAAGGGAGCACCGCUGCCCACCUAUGAAGAGGCCAAGCAGUACCUGUCCUAUGAAACACUCUAUGCCAAUGGCAGCCGCACAGAGACCCAGGUGGGCAUCUACAUCCUCAGCAAUGGCCAAAGAGGAGCUCAACACCGAGACUCGGAGGCCCCGGGAAAGUCUCGGCGGAAGCGACAGAUUUAUGGCUACGACAGCAGGUUCAGUAUCUUUGGGAAAGACUUUCUGCUCAACUACCCUUUCUCCACAUCAGUGAAGUUGUCAACAGGCUGUACUGGGACCCUGGUGGCAGAGAAACAUGUUCUCACAGCUGCCCACUGCAUACAUGAUGGGAAGACUUACGUGAAGGGAACACAAAAACUCCGAGUGGGCUUCCUGAAGCCCAAGUAUAAAGACGGUGGUCGAGAGGCCAACAGCUCAAGCCCAGCCAUGCCGGAGAAGAUGAAAUUUCAGUGGAUCCGAGUGAAACGCACCCACGUACCCAAAGGCUGGAUCAAGGGCAAUGCCAAUGACAUCGGCAUGGAUUAUGACUACGCCCUCCUGGAACUCAAGAAACCCCACAAGAGAAAGUUCAUGAAGAUUGGGGUGAGCCCUCCUGCUAAACAGCUGCCAGGGGGCAGGAUCCACUUUUCUGGCUAUGACAACGAUCGGCCGGGCAAUUUGGUGUACCGCUUCUGCGAUGUCAAAGACGAGACGUACGACCUGCUCUACCAGCAGUGUGAUGCUCAGCCCGGGGCCAGCGGGUCGGGAGUCUACGUGAGGAUGUGGAAGAGACAGCAGCAGAAGUGGGAGAGAAAAAUUAUUGGCAUCUUUUCAGGGCACCAGUGGGUGGACAUGAAUGGUUCUCCACAGGAUUUCAACGUGGCUGUUAGAAUCACCCCUCUCAAAUAUGCCCAGAUUUGCUACUGGAUUAAAGGAAACUACCUGGAUUGCAGGGAGGGGUGACACAAUGUUCCUUCUUGACAGCACUUACUGGUCUUCUUGUAAGAAAGGCCAAACUGUGUGUGUGUGUGUGUGUGUGUGUGUGUGUGUGUGUCAUGUGGCAUAUUCUAUUCUUUACUUAAUUUCUUACAAUUUUAAAAUGACUGGCUUUAUUUGAAAACUGAUGUGUAUAUCAUAUCAUUUAAGCAGUUUGAAAUCAUAUUUUUACAUAUAUAAAAUACUGAUGUUUAGGGAAAUAGGAAUAUUUGGUAAUUAAGUUAAACCUCCACUCAUUUGAGAACUUUGAUUUUUACUUCAUUGACACUUCAAAGGUUUAUAUGAAAUAUGUGACAUGCAGGGGAUAUAGAUUCUUAUAUUUGUGUAUGUAUGUUUAUUCUUCUGAGAUUUCUAACUUGAUAUUUUUAUAAGGCUGGCUAUUGAUGCUUCCAAAUGGUAGUAUAACUGUGAGGAAUGAUCACAACCCUCCAAUAUGCAGUUGCAGUAUUUUGGAUUUGGAGGCAUUUUCAUAGCGGUCCUUGGACAAUUAAAUAAUUUAUUGGCUAAAUCAAUAUAUGAUGCACAGAUUAAACCAUAUCUUAGAGUAAACCAGUGCCCAAAGCUGCUUUCAAUUUGAAAAUAAAUGUUUCUUUUCCAAAAACUGUUGCUCUAUUUUAUGAGAAGUCUGAUUGUGGCUCUGGCAACUUUACAGUCACACCAGAGUCAGCAAGAUCAUUCAUCUCAUCCCUUCCACUGAGCAGGAUCUCACUCACAUUGCUCGAGCUAGCAGUUUCUCAAAAGACAAUCAUCAUGGCCUCAUUAGUACAGGCUAUAUUUCUUCUCAACUCACAGUUAUUGUCACAAUAAAAGCAAUCAUUUUACCUCCAGAGUGCAACACAUCUCAUGUCUUACCAUCGGGAUGGGUAAUGCAAAAUGGAUUAAAUUCUGGAAAACAAUGGGUGCAUUACUCAGAAGAUGUCACAACAGAAUAACCACAUUUCUGAAGCCUGACACUGUCACAUAGCAGAAUGAAAAAUUCUCCUGCAUAGUUUUCAACAUGUUUUUGGAUAGCUGUGGGCUUAUUCAAUUUGCAAGCUGUGCUGUCUUACUGUACUUUUUAGAGUAAAAAUGCUGGGAAGUUGCAUUAAGACAAACAUGUAUGACUUUUUCCCCAAGCUUUAAACUUUUCUAGAAUGCUCUAGGCUAUAGAUAUAAUCAGAUACAACAGUAAACAGACAAAAGGAAUGAAAACAAGUCAAAAUCUGCACCUCAAUAAAUGUCUUUUAAACAUGA